GGAAGCCCAGCCGCCGCCGCCGCCGCCGCUGUUGCCGCCUCCCCGGCCAUGCAGAAGCUGCUGCAGCAAUUGCCCGUCGGCGCAGUCCACUUGGUCAAGGCGCCGCCGGCGGGCACCAAGGAGGCCAAGAGCCCCGUGCUGGUACCCGAUGGAGCGCCGCAGAGCUGGUACCACACGCUGGAAGGCGACGAGCUGAGGCUGCUGAAGGGGCCCGACCUGGAGGCCGCCCCCGCCGGCCAACAGCAGCAGCAGCAGCAACAGCAGCAGCAGCAGGAGCGCAGCUUGGAGGGCAGCGUGGCGCAGCCGCUCCGACAUGAUGAUCUGAAGGAGAUGCUGGACAGCAACAAGGAUUCCUUGAAGCUGGAAGCAAUGAAGAGGAUUGUGGCCAUGAUAGCUCGAGGCAAGAACGCAUCAGACCUCUUCCCAGCCGUGGUCAAAAACGUGGCUUGCAAGAACAUAGAGGUGAAGAAGCUGGUUUACGUCUACCUGGUCCGGUAUGCAGAAGAACAGCAAGAUUUGGCCUUAUUAUCAAUCUCGACUUUCCAGCGAGGACUCAAGGAUCCCAAUCAGCUGAUUCGAGCCAGCGCCCUCCGGGUCCUUUCCAGCAUCCGUGUCCCCAUCAUCGUCCCCAUCAUGAUGUUGGCCAUCAAGGAGGCGGCAUCAGACAUGUCUCCAUAUGUGCGCAAAACUGCCGCUCACGCCAUUCCUAAGCUGUACAGCCUUGAUUCAGACCAGAAAGACCAGUUAAUUGAGGUCAUCGAGAAGCUGCUGGCCGAUAAGACCACGUUGGUGGCUGGCAGCGUGGUGAUGGCGUUCGAGGAAGUCUGCCCUGAGCGCAUUGACCUCAUUCACAAGAACUACCGCAAACUGUGCAACCUGCUGAUUGAUGUGGAGGAAUGGGGCCAGGUGGUCAUUAUUAACAUGCUCACCCGCUACGCUCGCACCCAGUUCCUCAGCCCCAACCUGAACGAAUCCCUCCUGGAGGAGAACGCUGAGAAAACCUUCUACGGAUCCGAAGAAGAAGAUGCCAAAGACGACAAGGCGAAGUCCACACCCUUGGCAAAGCGCAAGCCUUACGUGAUGGAUCCUGACCACCGCUUACUACUGCGCAACACCAAACCCCUGUUGCAAAGCCGCAAUGCUGCAGUGGUGAUGUCAGUUGCUCAGCUCUACUUCCAUCUUGCCCCCAAAGCUGAAGUUGGAGUCAUCGCUAAGGCCCUGGUGCGUCUCCUGAGAAGCCACAG